CUCUUCAUCAAUAUUCAUGACGAUAAUCCAUCUGCUCCUGAAUUUGAUCAGUUUCGAUACGAUGUGACAAAGGUCGCGCCGAUUCCAGCCGGUUCGGUUUUGGUGACGUUACACGCUGACGAUCCAGAUCCAGGUCUUGAAGGACAGAUCGUCUACCGAUUCGCGCCUACGGACGAUUCAAGAGCUGCGGAUAGACUAUCGAAAUUCAGCAUUAAUCCCAAAACAGGACAGCUGUCAACGAAAGUUCGCUUGACAUCAGAAGAUAGAACACCGCUGCAAUUCAUUGUUGAAGCCGUCGAUCAAUCACCAACAUUUCCGCGAAAAACCGAAACCGUCGUUCGAAUAAAUAUUCUCUCGAAUAGUGUCGAACAAAUCAGUUUUCUUCCACUUCCCAAAAGGGUUUACGUUUCCUCGUCGAAAUCGCCCGGAAGUGUAGUUUUGAAAGUAUCCGCUACACAAACGAUUUCGCCACCGAUAUUUUCGGCUAUCGAAAGCGAUUCGUUGGAAUAUUUCGAGAUGAUUGGUGAUGAAUUGCGGGUGAAGAGUAAGUUAUCAGAUGGUAACGUCAAUGUCACAUUACGUGUUGACGCUGGUUCUGCGUUUGCCGAGCACGUCCUCAAUGUGAUCAUCAUUGCCGAUCGUGAUAAAUAUCCGGUUUUUCCUAAUCUCACGUAUGACGUAAAGGUACCAGUGAAUGCAACGUUUCCUCUAUUGAUUCAACCAUUCGAAGCAGCACUUUCUCAAGGAACUGUCGUGUACAGCACAUAUCCUCCAGAUUCUCUCCCGAAGGGACUCACACUCGAUCCAAAUUCGGUAUCGUAA